CUCAUUCAACCAAUAGAAUGCGUUCUUUUUGUGUUGUGAUCCUUUUCGUUAUUGCUGCAGUGUGACUCGGCCUUAACACUCGAAAAGAUUUUCAUUGUAUUUCUGUUUAUAAGGGUCCUCAAAAAAGUUAACUUUAAACCUUUGAAUUUUUUGAAGGUGUUCAAACUCAAAACCAAAUACAAGUACAAAUAAAAUCUUUUGUACAGAGAUUUGUUUCCUUAUGUAUUUUAUUAUUAGUCAAUUAUGUAAUGUACACAUAGUUUGAAACAUCUGCAUAGUAACCCCAAAAUUAAUAAUAGAAAUAUAUAAAAUUCAUCAUGGAAGAAUAAUAAUUAAGGCAACAAUGGUGCAUAUAGUCAUCCGUAAGACAAUGCGUAUAAAAUCUGACUAUUCUUGGAAGACAGUUAAACACUUUUUUUAAGAAGUCCGAAGUAUAAUUUGUCGUGGAAGAAACAUCGAUGAAUGAUUGUCAUUUCCACAAUCCAUGACAACACUUGGCUAUGGCUAAGGUUCUAUCAGCCAUUUUUAAAGACAAUUGAUUAGUGUACAUGCUUUGAGUGGCUUAAAAAGCCACAGUCAAAACUAUAACUUUGAAGGCUACACUUUUGAACCCAUUAAUUAAUUUCCUUAAAACAGAAAGGUAAAACUGGCUUUAUACUCAAUCUUAUCAGCUCAUUUAAGAGACAAUAACCUACUUGACAAUAUCUCAACCACCAAUGUUCUUGUUUGAAUUGCUACAUCAUUUCAUUUCUUUUGGUUUCUGAAGUAUUUAACAUUUUUAUUUCAAGUGAUACUUCUAGCAGCCAGUGUGCUGCAAUCUUGGUCAGGCUCCUGAACUUCACAGAAUGAUUACCAUGCUAUUUCACUUUGUAUCAAACCAAUGAGCAGACUACUUUCAACAGGGCAUGGUUUUACCUGCUUGGGCAGUUUCACAAAGCACCAAGAUAUAUCUGAUGAGCUGUCAGCAGUAUUGCCAUACUGAUUUGCAUGGUAACAUCACAGUUUGCUUAGCAAAAUUAAGAGUGAUUUUGCUUAGCAACAUUAAGAGUGAUUUUGCUUAGCAACAUUAAGAGUGAUUUGCAGUUAAUAUCAGUCUUAGCUCUUCCUGAAAUCAAGCCCACGUAGUUUAGUCUAUCAUGGACAAAGUAGAUUCUAGCAGCAUGGAAAAGUCCCAUUCAGAAGCGAGGAAUAUGCCCCAAGGCUCUUGGAAGACGAGUUGCCAUCAUCUCAAGGAACUCAACAUUUACCUGUGUACAUUUCACCGCCAUGCAGGAACGGCUUGCUUUCGGCGAGACAUGAUGCAGUCCCUGGUCGUCCCACAGAAGAGAUGGGAUGCGGCCCGGCGGCAGUCUAGUGUACCUUGUCACGCUCUAAUGUGCAACCUCAUGAAUAAUGCAUACUUCUUUUUACGUGGUACAUCUCAGUCUACUGUAGUCCCAGAUCCCGGAUUGAUAAAAGCCUUUUGCAGACAGUGGUGCUCCAGCUCCCUACCCCUUUCCGUGUGUACUGUGUGCAGCAGAGAACCUGCCUGCCAACGCAUCAAAGGCGGAAACAGACGUGAAACGCAUGCGCAACUACCCGGGGUAUCCUCCCCCCCUAAACACCCGGCAUCAUCACAUGACGACAACUUGCCAGUGUAGGCUUACUCCAGAAAACA